GCCUCCCGCCAGCACGGCUCAUCAGUGUACUGUCGUUUACCGAAAGAUGGUGUCGUUCUACAAGAUGAGUGUCGUUCCGGGCCUGGUGCUGCUCGCUCUCUGUGUCGCUGGCGUGUGGAGCAACGAGGCACAGGAUGCUUGGGCCUCCCGGCAACGGCGUGUACAUGGGACGUCCAACAGCAAUGUGCAGAAAAAGUUUAGUGGCCGCAUUGUCGGCGGUACCGAGCUGACGGAUCCAUUGCCCUAUCUACUGUCGCUGCGUGACAGUGGCUUCCACAUCUGCGGCGCAUCGAUCAUCAAUGCCAAGCAUGCGCUCUCGGCUGCUCACUGUCAAUCGCCGCCCUCGGACGUGAACAGACUGACCCUGCUCGCCGGAAUUACCAAGCGAACGGACGAAACGAACGGCAUCUUGUUCCAGGUGGCCAAUGUGACCACCCAUCCCGACUUUUCGCUCAAAACCUACCUCGCCGAUGUGGCCAUCAUACGCAUCGUGACCUCCUUCAUGGAUCACCCCAAACUGGCCGCGAUUCCGCUCAUCUCGAACAAGUACAAGCUGCGAGUGAACAGCGUUGCGUCCGUGAGUGGCUGGGGCCUUACGGCGCAGGAUUCGAUGCUGGCACCGACCCUGCGCACGGUUGGCAUCCCGAUCGUGAGCUACAGGUUCUGCGUGAACAAGUGGCGCCCGGUACCGAUCGUGUGGACUGGCAUCUGUGCCGGUCAUCCGGGACGCGACUCGUGCAACGGUGACAGCGGUGGCCCGCUCGUGCAGGAUGGCGUACAGAUUGGGCUCGUUUCCUGGGGUGCUGAUCGGUGCGGCAGCGACUACCCGGGCAUUUACACGUACGUGGGCAACAGAAUAAUUCGCAAAUUUAUUGAAGAAAACAGUGGCGUGUAAGUUGCUGCUCAAAGGCAACCCAAUGGUGUUUGUAGAUCGGUUACAAUAAACGGUGGCAUCAUAUUUUA